AUGGCUAAACACACUAAGAAGGAUGGAAUUAUUGGUAAAUAUGGAACAUGUUAUGGUGCAUCCCUCAGAAAAAUGGUGAAGAAAAUUGAAAUUAGCCAGCAUGCCAAGUAUACCUGCUCCUUGUGUGGCAAGACCAAAAUGAAGAGACGGACUGUGGGUAUCUGGCAUUGUGGAUCCUAUAUGAAAACAGUAGCUGGUGGUGCAUGGACUUAUAAUACCACCUCUGCAGUUACAGUCAAAUCCGUCAACAGAAGACUGAAGGAAUUGAAAGACCAGUAAAAUCUUCUCCCCAUCAAAUAUCUGUAGCCCAUAGUACAACAAUAAAUGGGUUAAUUUAUGGGAAAAAAAAGGAAAAAGAAAUAGGGAAGUUUGGAACAGGAGCGGAUGAGGAGGGGAAGGAUAAUGAGUUCUGCUUUGGGUAUAUUGAGUUUGAGGUGUCUGUGAAACUUCAACUAUAAAACUGCAGGCUUUUGUGAUGCAGAAUUGAAAUUCACUGGAGAAAAAUGGGCUGAAUAUAUAGAUAUUUGAUUCAUCUAUAUAAACAUGUUAUUGCAACCAAUGAGAAUU